AUGGCGUCUGAUAGAGUCGGGGGUCCCAGGUCCACUCUCCCCCCACUCCCAUCCCCAUUUCAGGACCCUUCUAUAGGUGGCAGCCUGGUGGGCUUGGAGUUCUCAAAGCUGCAGGAACCUCAGACCAUGAACCCAGGAACUUUGGAAGCCAAGGCUGAAGCCUCAGCGCAGCUCCCAGUGCCUUCUGUCCACAUAUCCAAUGCCAGCAAAGAGGUGAGGCUGGAAAAGGUCACAGAGGCUGCAAGCCUUAGCCUGUCUACCAGCCCCCUCUGUUUGGGGGCACCAGCUGUCACCUUUACUCCCGUGUGGAGUUUCCCUUCAGAGUCUGGCUUGGAGCCCUGGAAGGAAGCCCUGGCACCUUAAGGCAGCUACAGCAGUAGCAGCAACAGUGGAGACUGGAGCUAGGACCUGACCAGCAGCCAGUCUUCUCCAUCCACUCCGUCACCCCUGCUGCCCUCUGGCUUUCUUUUUGGGGAGGCUACCCUGAGAAAAAGGAAGGCAGAGCCAGAGCAGAGCGAUGGCAAGGAGGACUUCAACGACACGGAGCUUGAUGCUGGUAUGGACAUGCUGCCUAAUGUGUUUAGCCUGACUCCAGUGUCUCCUAUAGUCUCCAUGCCACUCGCCUUCUUCAUGAAGCCCCGGGUUGAUGCCAGAAGGUACCGGAAAGUGUAUGGCAUGGACUCGUGGUGCUCAGCUUGUGGCUGGAAGAAAGCCUGCUAGCAGUUCCUGGACUGAGCCAAUCUGUGAUGCUACUGCCUGGCCUCUUUCUCACUCCUAGCCUGAACCUGCAGCAAACCUGUGGUGGGGUGACUCCUGGAGGGGAGAAAUGAUUGCAUACUCAAAGCGCCUUGAGACUGCUUGUUGUCCUUUGGCUGCAGGGGCAGUUUGCCUCCCUGUCUGUCACUUACCUACUUGUCGAAGAUGUUGAUGGACCCUGUAAAGCCUGUUUAAGAUGCACUUUGAGAGGUAUGGGGAGGAGUCUCGUGCCCACACGCAAGGUGGUGGUUGCAGGACCUUGAGACUGACGUUCACCAUGUAAUGAAGCUCAGGUGUCUUGUGCCUUGGCCAUAGGAGUUGAGGAGAAAAAUUAAAAAUUGUGGAGAUAGGGGCUAGGGAUUUAGCUCAGUGGUAGAGCGCUUACCUAGGAAGCGCAAGGCCCUGGGUUCGGUCCCCAGCUCCGAAAAAAAGAACCAAAAAAAAAAAAAAAUUGUGGA